CCCCGUCCGUGUUUUGGUUUGGCUAGUACCCAGACUUCUCUCUGCUGCAAUUAGCAUAUUCUCGUUGCUCCUGGAGCUUGUUAUGUUUUCGUGGGAACAAAGACCGCCAAUCGAGAACGCAGUUAUUGACUCAUGAUAAAGUCGUUUAAGGUCGUUUUUGUAAAUACUUCCUAUUCAUCUAAACAGCAGUGAUACGAUAGUUUUGAUUAGGAGUGAUUUUCUCGCGAUCGAUGCCGAAACUGCGAGACGGAUCGAGUUUGCCCUCGGCGAGAAGUGAGGCAGCGCGAAGACAGAUAAUUCGUCCUUUCGUGUGUUCCACGUUCAGAGAUUUCCACACCGAGCGAGACUUCUUGCAAGAGAGGAUAUUCCCUCAGCUGAACAGAAUAUGCAAAGAGCGAGGAACUUCUUUCAUUCCCGUAGAUUUACGUUGGAACAAGAGUCAAUCUCAACAAAAUAACGAACAUGUUCUCCGCGUGUGUUUGGAUAGUAUCGGUAGGUGUGCUCCGUUUUUCAUUUGCUUGCUAGGGGACAGGUACGGGGUCCAUCGGGCUGCUGAGUCGGAAGAGAAGGACCCCGCUACAGAGGAAUGGUUGGACAGAAACUUCGAGACGGCUGCAGCAUGUGGGUACGACUGGGUGCUUGAAGAGGAAAACAGAUAUAACAGCAUCACUGAGUUGGAAAUUGUGCAGGCUUCCUUCCGUAGGAAAUAUGACUAUGGUUACUUCUAUUUCCGCAACUCCGCCCAUGUGGAAGAAAAGCUUCAGGAUGUCGAGCCCUGCCAGCAAGACAGUAUUUUGUCUAUUUAUAAACCUGAGAGUGAAUAUGCUGCAAGGAAACUAAGAGAACUUAAACAGCAGACCAUCGACACAGAGUUGCCUGUGCGUCAUUUUACCACCCUGGAACAGCUUGGAGACCUGUUGAUUAAAGACUGGGCUGCAGUUAUUGACUUGCUGUACCCUCCAAUCAAUCCACUCGUAUUCUCCAGCACAGAGUCAGAAGUCUUCCGUCAGUGGUCCGCUCAUGAGGCAUUUGCAAUGGCGCGACGCCAAGUCUUCGUCAAGACACCAAGGAUAAGAGAGAUGCUUGAGGUGCUAAGCGUUCAUGCUGAAGUGGACCAGGGAAUUAGAAGAAAGACAAGCAUGGUGGUACCAGCUGCGGUGUUAGGCACUUUUAUGACCAGUCUUCCUGGCAGUGACAAGGAAACAUUGCCCCCUGUGUUGGUGAUAGCUGGUGAGAGCGGCUGUGGUAAAUCUACCCUCGUGGCUCAUUGGCUGAAACAGUUGACCUCAAGCUAUCCCCAGGUCGUCACCAUUCCCCACUUUGUCGGCUGCGACUCGGGCAGUAGUGACAUUGCUAACUUCAUGCGCCGCUGUACAAGCGAACUACGGCUUCAGUAUCUUGAUUCUGACGUCGAUGACCUCGCGGACAACCAAGACCUGAGCGACUUCACUCGAGUGGUGGAAGCGUUCAGAGCGGCCAUCUCCUUAGGUCCUUCUGUAAUCGUCUUGGACGGGGUCGAUCAUUUGGGACACGCUUUAGAUGUUGCCGCGUUUAAAGUCAAGGAGAUGCAAUGGCUGCCGUCCUCAGUCCCAGUCUCCUGCAGAAUCAUCGUCACCACGACCAGAGCGGACAUCACUUACCGCGCACUGUCACAAAGGAGGGAUGCCUAUUGUAUUGACAUGCCCCGGCUGUUUGAUGUUAGAGGCAAGAAUGAUCUUCUGAAAGAGUAUGUUGGCUCCAACUACAAGUUCUUGGACGCGACCCGGUUGUCAAGGAUAACUUCUUCCAAUCUGGCACACCUUCCCUUGUUUUACGUCGCCCUUUCCUGUGAGUUGCGUGUUUUGGGCGCGCACAAGAACGCGGACAGGUUGCUAGAGUCGUACGUUCAUGCGCCGACUCUCUUCGAUCUGUGGAGCUUGAUAUUUCGUCGUUGGACUCAUGAAUACGGCUGGUUGCGCCCAGCGGUUUCGCGCAGCCCUGUUCCCGCCAUUAAGGCGCAGGUAUCACGUGAUCGUAUGAACAGUGGCUGGGUGGCUGAUGUGCUGAGGCUCUUUGCUCUGUCACGUGAGGGAUUAUCUGAAAGCGAGGCUCUAGGCGCUCUCCAAGUCAUGGGCUACAUAAAGAACUACGAGGUGACCAAGGCGCAUUGGGAAAUGCUUCGUUUGAUCGCGGAGCAUGCGCUCAUCGAAAUGCCGUCUGGGUUGUUUACCUUUCCGCACCAGUCUGUCCGCGGUACCGUGGAAAUUGCGUUGCUGGGUAACCUCACCUCUCCGUCCCAAGAACGCGCGGUUUCACCCGCAUUUCAAGAGAACUGGGAACGACAGAAGCAACAGGGUCACACUGUGCUCUCAAGUUUCUUUUCCAAACAACCUUCAUCCGGGCGCAUGGUGGACGAGUUACCAUGGCAACUGGAGAUGAGUGGAAACAUGGACGCACUGAGCAAAACAAUUUGUGAACCGAGAGUGUUUAUAAAGCUCGUGAGUUUGAAAAGCGAGCAACGACGAAGGAUCGAUCUGUUGUCAUACUGGAGUGUUUUGAAGCAGGCAAACCGUAAACCUGAAGAGAUUCUCUAUCAAAUGGCCAUUAAGGCCGAAGAGAGAUUACAAAGCGAAUCAAAGGAAACAACAGAACGAGACGUCAGAUCUGCUUCUUCAAAAACCAGAGAAUUCUCGGCCGUUGACGAGUUGUGCCGUAAGAGCAGCGACGAGGAAUUUUCUCAACUUGAAGUAGCGCUUGUUCACUACUUUUCAGGAAACUUUCUGGCGGAAAAUGGGCAUGAUGUUAUGGCCCAGAAUCUCCUCUUGAACGCUUACAAUAUGGCAUAUCCUGUUGUUUCAGUAAAGGACAUUUACUUGCUCUGUGAUAUACAGGAGUCAUUGGGGAAUUUGUAUCUCAAACUAUCUGAGCCGAAUAUAGCGGUGUAUUGGUUUAAUGGUGCCUUGAAAUCUGUAGCAGAAAUGACGCGUGUUUCUGACACGGUUGAACACGCGGCUAUGAUUGGCCGCCUCUUGAAUCACAUCGCUCUAUGUCAACUGCCAAGUCACGUGUCACUUCCACCGGAAGUAGUGAGUCGAUCACGUGCUUCUGCAAGGAGCGGAAGAGUGAAAACGCCAACCUCGGUUAAAGAUAAAACAGAGGAGACAGGCUCGGAUAACGUCGGCACUAUUUUGGAUGACGCAAUGAAGCACAUGAAACUUGCCCAACAGUUUCCUGGCCAGAGCAGCGUUUAUUUUCGCAUGGGUUUGUUAGCGGCAAAACAAAAACGCUGCGAAGACGCCGAGUCUUUGUUUCGCAAAUCGUUGGAGAUGAGAGAGGAAUGGUACGGGUCUUCUCAUCCUCUGGUGGCGGAGAUUUAUGACGCGCUGGCCUCGCUCUCGUGUUCAGACGCUGCAGAGUCCCCGGAUGUCACAGUGGCGGAGGAAAUGUUUCGCCGUGCAUUGAGCAUGCGUGAAGAUCUCUUGGGUCCGUCUCAUUUGCUUGUUGCAAAUACGUUGUUCAAGUUAGGUAAACUACUUCAAUCCAAGGGCACCAAAGAUGCCACGAGAGAAGCCAAGCUGCUUUUCCAGCGUGCACUGGACAUAAACACAGCAAAACAGGGCGUCUAUCACACAGACACCAAGACAAUCAGGCGUGCCCUGAUGUCGUUGGAAACAGUCGAUGUGGGCGCAAAAUUUAGUGGCAAAGGAACUGCGAAAGACCAAGAGUUACUUGCAUUGGACGGCCUUAGAAGUCGCCCUUUAACGAAGACAUCUUCUCGAAAUCUUGAUUUCCGCCAAGCAAGUACAUCGUAGAACGGUUGUCCCAGAUCAGUUAUUGUCUAGGCGCAGUUUUUGUCAGCGAAGCGAGAAGUGCGAAAGUAUCCUUGCCUCGUCGCUAAGAAUCCGCAAUUCAGAGGCGACGAUUCCGCCCCGAAGUUUACUUAAUUAGAGUAUUCCAAACUUGUUGCGACAAAAUAGUUUGAAGGCCUAUAGUUGGACACAAUUAGUCCCUCUCCAUAUAAGGAAGAUAUCAGUGACGUCACAAGCACUCUAAAUAGAUUUCCUGGUCGGCGAAAGUUUCAAACCACUGUAUCGUGGACUGUUUCUAUUACGGCAGGUUACGAUCGAAAAUCUGUUUUUUCAGAGCGGUCUCUGUGAAGCGCCUCAGCGAAUUUUGAUGUUCUCAAUUAAAAUACGAGAUGCUUCACUGUAAACGCUUGAAGGAAAUUCGAACGCUGACACCUACCGAAAAUCGUGUUAGACAUUCAACACCAAGCGAGGGUUUCACUUGCUUGAAAGAUCUUUCUGCCAACCGCACGCUUGGGUGAUGUUAGCGUACGUGAUCGUAAAUGACGUUA